AUGGCUAACCUGCAGCAGGAAUACCCUGAGGUCCUUCUGGGGAUCCUGGAGGAACUGGCCAAUAUGCGCCAAUGGCUGACCUUCCAGGAUCUUUGUCGUAUGGUCAGCACCCGCUUUGACCUGGAGCACCUUAUCGAGCUCAGGAGUCUGCUGUUUGCUGCUGCCAGCCAGGACCCCUGUUUCCCAGCUACUCUCUUCAGAGAUCGUGUUUCCACAAGAGGCCAGGGGCUUUCACCCAUAGGCGUCGCUGCUGACAUUGUAACUAUCUUCAAUCUUAUUCAGAUGACGGGUGGCUCCCCUGAUGACAGCCAACCAAUCAGAGCGCAGAUGGUCCUCCCCAUCGACCAAUCCCCUUGCCCCAGUCUGCCUGGAAUACACCAACUAAACAGUUCUGGUCGAGAAAGAGCCCGAGCCCACUCUGACUCCAGUGGCUGGCCUAUCGAUCAGCACUUUCUGUUUCCGAGAUCUAAUUACUCUGCCCACAAGCGAGCAAGUCUUCCCCCCGAUCCCAUCUCACUUGUGUCCUCCCCUCCAAUCAGGGCGAGGGCUGUCUCUUUCGACUUGCCUCACACCACACUUUUGUACCCUAGUGGCCAAAUCCCCAACGAGGUCAUGAAGAAUAUCUACCUGCCUUUGGAGACGGACAGUGAGUCUAGUGGAGAUUCUGUGCCCAUGGAGGUGUUUGAAGAUGAACAGGGAUCGUCUGUCGACCAGAAGAGAAACAUCUUUAAGAAGGACUUUCAUAACCAGCCACCUCUAAUACCCCAGUUGACUGUUAACAGUGAGUCUCCCAGUCCUAACAAGGUUCAAAAAGGCUUCGACAAUCACAGCUUUGAAACCAUCCCGAAUCCUUACCCAUCACCAGCAGCAGUCAACCAAUCGCCAGAGCCAGAGCAGAGGGCUAAACACGAGAGCCUUAAUGAUCUACAGGACUCAACUUACUUCGGGCCGCGGCCAGUCCCAGAGUGGUCCCCCCGGCACCUUCAACCUCCGAGGACCAAGAGGCCCAUCUGGAGCAACAAGAGUCACAGUCUAGAGGACCGGAUAGGCCUGGGCAGCAUUGGAAUGGGGAUGGAAUCACAAGGGGGGCAAUUUCCAAGACGAUCAACCCCUGCUAUCAGCAGAUUGGGGGGGUCCAUAGGAGGCGAGAUUGGGGAUAGUGGAGGCAAUGGAGUCAAAGCUCAAGGAACCCAGACAGACCCACCAGACACCCGGUGCCUCCGUAGCCUUGUCCACGCUGACCGCUUCUCCUUCAUGACCUCAUUAGACGACCCUGACAUUGGUGAGGAUGACAUCAGUGCCAUCUUUCGUUUCUUAGAUGACAUAAGCAUGUGUGGUUCCACGGGAGUCUUGCACCCCAGCGAUGGAUCAGGGGCCAUUAACCAGGACAGCCACGAGGCCAGACGUGGCCGCCUAGGUCAACUCCAAAGGCUUUUCCACUCUCUGGAAAGCAGUGAUGAUGGGCUCAAGGCCGGCGUCUGUAAGCUGCUGCUCCGUAUGAGCCAGAUAGAAAGACAACUGGAUUCACUGAAUGAUGUAAAGGCUGAGAUUUCCCAGGUACUGUCUGCUCUGCAGCGGCUGGAUGAAAAGAUCCAGCAGCCUAUCAGCGUUGAUGGACAAGGCACCGGUGGGCGAUGGCUGGAGCCUCUCAGCGGUGUCUCCUCUUUCAUGAGCCACCCUAUAACCCCUUCUGAGUCAUCAGAGCCUCAGCCUCUGUCUGUGUCUGAGCAUCUGUUUCCAGGGACCAGCACUAGUAGUCUGGACUGGAACCGGUGGAAUACUUCCGUGGAGCAACCAGAAAGCAUUAACGGUCAGGCUGAUUCAAAGGGGGGGAAAGAAGGGAAGAAGGAUGCAUCAUCUCGUCGUGCCUCCAAAACCCAGCUUGAAGAGAAAAAUCUGUCUGAUUCGAAACAGCUGAAUGUUUCUAAUUCUGCAAGAGACUGGAAAGUGUCAUUCUCCAAAAGUAAAGGUGGCAAAUCUUCACAUGAAAAGGCAGAUCAGUCUGACAGCACGACUAACCUAAUCUCCAAAAAGUCCUCCAGCCUGGUGGAACAAGUGUUUAACUCGUCCCUGUUCCGCCACAAAGACAGCAGUCUGACUGGUGGGCUUAACUCUGGGAAGAUCCUGGACCCCAGACUGUCUGAGGGGAGGGGAAGGCCCAUAUGGACUGUAGACCACAGAGAGGCACGAAUCUCCCCUUUGGAUUUACAGACCCAGGAGUCUCUGAAUCCCAACAACAUGGAGUUCUGGAUGGAUGACAUUUACACUCCAGGCUAUGAUGCUCUACUCAGGCGUAAAGAGGCUGACCUCCGCCGGGCCAAGGUCUGCAAGCUGCUUGCACUCAUUGCGUCUGCAGUGGUUAUUAUUCUCAUCAUUGUCAUUCCCAUUUGCACCAUAAGGACAUGAAGACCUUUACAGCCCACAUUGUUGCCUGCCAGAUAUGUGCUGUAUAGGAGCUUGCACGCCAUUCUCAUGGAGAUAAGUUGCUGACUGACACUAAGACUAUAAAGCUGGAUUGGCGAUCAGUUAACAUUCAGUAACUCCUUAGAGUUCUCUGCAUGCAGCACCAUUAUUUAUGACUUCGGAAAAACAGGAAGAUUCGAACUGUAUCUUACUGUAGCUUACUCCCUUGUGCAGUCACAACACAUUGUAAAUAAUCUCCCAUGUUACAUUUUUUCCCCCUUAAAUGAUUUUUGUUCUUAAUCAUUUCAGAUGGCUGCAAAAGGAAGCAUUUAAGUAUGAAUGUUUUACAUAAUUGUCAAAUAUCUCUGAGAGGAUAUGUUAAAACUAGUAAUACUGAGCCAAUGCAAAUUGUCAGUUUCUUUUUCGUCUCAUUUUGCCUGCUCUUUCUGAGUAACAACACUUUUACAAAUGCAUUGUGAAUCUGCUUCAGCCUUGAGCACUGCCUGACUUUUUUGCCACCUCAGGGCUUAUUCCCCUUCUAUGUAAGAAAAGAGUUUCAUCACUACAUAAGAGUUUUACAUCCUCUGUUCAUAAAUAGUAAUGGAUUCUCUCGACAGGAGCGUUUCUGCUUUCUUUUAGGUUGAAUACUCUUGUCCUUUCCUUACACAACAAAAUAUAGUGCUCAAACAAGUUUAAGUCAAUUCAAAAUAAUAUUUUUAUAAAGUUCCUCCUACUUAAUCCACUCAUGGAUGUGUUUGCGUUGGAGUGUUUACCAAGUUUCAGGUUUCAAAACCCGGAAGGUAAAAAAAAUGUGUUGUUGUUGAAGCAGUGAAGGAAAGAGGGAGCCUUUUCCAGUAAACACUCUCUGAGUGGGAGAUUCCACUUGUAAUUCAAUUGAUGGGAUGUUUGAAGUGCACCUAUGCACAUUAUCCUAUCACUAUACUCACUUGGCCAGAGCUCUUCCACAUACCUGCAGGCUCACUUAGCACCAACAGAUUAUUCUGGCGUCCUUUUAACAGUUGAUGAAAAUAGUCUUGCUAGUUGUGUGACAUUCCAUUUUGUAAAAAGCAUCCUGUUAACUCGGUAGACAUUAUAUUAAAAUCGACUCUUGGUGCCAGACUGUGGGGGGGUUGACACAAAAUCAUGCACACUUUUAAAAUAUGAUUAAAUUCAACCUAAUAUGUCCACUGUAAAAAACUACAUUUGCAGAGUUUGUAAUGUAAGGCUGUAAUGCAAUACAAUGUGCAUUAUAGAGUGGUCACAAUAAGAGGCACACUUCACAAUACUGUACGUGUAAUCUAUUACAAUUCUAUCUGUCAUCAAAUAGUGAAAUUCAACACCGACACUAUCUCAAUAAUAAAAAGGGCAAAUGUAUUGGAUUGUAUCAUGUUUUCUAGGUGUUGAUGUUCUACUUUCUUAGAUAUGGAUGAUUUUGUUUCUGUUGAACAAUAGAUAAGCACUUUUUCCCUUGAUACACCAAAGUGGACAGAAACUAACGUGCAUUAAAAUGCUUGUUUUCUUUACCUGUAUCCAGACCCUUACACUUUGCUUUGCUUUGUGUGCACAGCUAUGCAAAGGAUGUAUAGAUGAUGUGUUCUGCUAGCACG